UUUGCUAGUACCUACCAAUAACGUGGGCGCGAGCAUCAGUGGGUACUUCUGCUUCUCUCGUUUGUGUUAACUUAUCAGCCCACACAGUAGGUUUGUGUUUUCAUGAAUUUUCUAUAUUUGUUUCCAUUCACCACCUUUCAACCUCUUGGGUUGGACUAGUCUGCGUAGCUGUUGCUGAAGUUCCGGCUUGGGAUUUGGCUAAGGUAGACCUCACUUUUCACUACCUUUCUUUUUAUGCCCUGAACCUGUUUGACGUUUUGUCUAAACCAAAAAGCAACAUAGUUAUCCCCGCAUUGGAAUUGUCGUGGCAUUGCUAAAGCCUCAACAAAAACCACCCUUGGAGCUUUAACAGAGAGCAAAGCCCAGAUUGCAUCAACUGUAUAGCUCUCUUAUACAGCCAUACUCUCAUUGCCAACAUCUCAAAAUCCCAAUCAUGAGAUAACUACAAUGGAAGUAGUCGUAGCAGCCCCUCAGUUGAAAGCAGUAGGACUAAGUUGUGUUCAUGCUCAUACUGUAUCCAUAUUCCCUAGUAGUACUAGUUUAAGUAAAAGUAAGUGUGCACUUCAGAUUCGGCAGCCUCUACGCAGCCCCAAACAAAAUGUUUUCAUCAUUAAUGAUGAUAAUAAUAAUGACAAAACCGAUACUUCAAAACCAAUGGAAAUGGCAAUAAAAACUACUACUACUCCUAAUAAGAAGAGAGGCAGCAGCAGGUGCACAAGCUCUGAUAUUUUGCGAUUGAUGGAUGGGCUUGGCCUCCCCAUACCCUAUGAUAUGUAUGCCUCCCUUAUCCAAGAAUGCACUCUCACUGCGGACUCUGCAAGAGCUAUGGAGUUGCAUGCCCGCAUCACCCCGAGGCUCGAACUUCCAUUGCCUUUGCUUAACCGACUCCUUCUCAUGCAUGUAUCAUGCGGUCUAUUUGACACUGCCAGGCAUUUGUUUGAACAAAUGUUCCGUAAGGACAUCCUCACUUGGGCCACCAUGAUUGUUGCUUAUGCCAGCAAUGAAGACUACCAUGAAGCUGUAACUUUGUUUGGGAAAAUGCAAUCCCAAUCCCAAUUCAAUUUUUUCGAAUUACCCACAUGGCUCAUAGUUUGUGUUCUCAAGGCAUGUCUGUACACUAUGGAUAUGGAACUCGGAAAGCAACUCCAUGGCAGCUUACUGAAGUUGGGUAUUGCUAAUGAUUUCUUUCUCAACAGUUCCCUAAUCGAAUUUUAUGGGAAAUUCAAAUGCCUAGAAGGUGCUGACUUUGUCUUUAAUCAACUCCCACGUCAUAAUACUCUGACAUGGACGGCCAGAAUCAUUAGCAGCUGCAGGGAAGAGCAUUUCCAUGAUGUUUUUACUUACUUUAGGGAGAUGGGAAGGGCAGGAAUUAAGAAAAACAAGUUCACAUUUUCUAGUGUUCUCAAGGCAUGUGGUGGGAUUCACGACCAUGGGCAUUGCGGUCGACAGGUCCAUGCCCAUGCCAUCAAGCUUGGGCUGGAUACAGAUACUUUUGUGCAGUGCGGGUUAAUUGACAUGUAUGGAAGAAGUGGGCUACUGCCAGAUGCAAAACUGGUGUUUGAGAUGAAUGGUGACAACAAGAGAAACACUGCAUGUUUGAAUGCAAUGGUUACCGGGUACAUGCGCAAUGGCUUUUACAUUGAAGCCGUCAAGUUUCUGUAUCAGAUCAAGGCAGCUGGAGUGCAGCCCCCAGAAUCUCUGCUCAACCAACUGAGGCUAGCUUGUGGUAGUAACGCUACUGAAAGCAAGAUCUAAACGGACAGGGUGACGGAUGCAGACAAUUGUUUUCAGAGAGGAGGGGGAGGGGCCAAUGAUAAUGAACAAUGAGGCAUAUAUGAGCUUUGUCCAUGCCAGACGGGGAUGAAAUGUCAGUGGAUGUAAUGUAUUGUAAGCAUCUCCAACCUUAUUCUUGAUGGGAGGAUUAAUGUUCUGAAAACGAAGGUAGAGAUUAUCUCAACUCCAUUUGUAAGAUUUUUUGUGCAUUGCAUAAUUUCUUGACAGAUCCUUUGUUAAUGAGAUUCUUGCUUUCAACAUCGGGUCCCCCUUGCAUCUGGAUAUAUGUGUUUUUUUUUCUUCUCCUGAAUUGCAUGUGGAUGUAUUAGCACUGUGAUAUUUGGACCAGAUAAGGCAAGUAAUGAGGAUUUAAUUGCUUGCUCAUUGAAAAGGAUUAGCAAUGAAAACACAUCCGCACUAGUCACUACA